CCGAAAGGACUUUACGUGCUUUUCGGCACGGAAAUGUGGGAGCGUUUCAGUUUUUACUCGAUGCUCGCGCUUUUUACGCUUUAUUUGCGUGACCCGAACGAAGGUUUCGGUUGGACGGCAGCCGAAGCGACGACACUUUACGCCAAUUAUCUGAUGUUUGUUUACGCCAGUCCGCUUAUCGGCGGUCUGAUCGCAGACAGAAUCACGGGUUAUCGCAAAGCCGUCAUUAUCGGCGGAUUCUUCUUCAUGGCUGGACACGGAUUGCUUUCGAUUUCAGCUAUUUGGGCAGUUUACGCCGCGCUGACCUGUCUUGUCAUCGGAAACGGAUUUUUCAAACCGAACGUUUCGACGAUGGUCGGAAAUCUUUAUCCCGAAGGAAGUCACUUAAAAGACCGCGCUUAUAAUAUUUUCUAUAUGGGCAUCAAUAUCGGUGCUUUUAUCGCGCCGAUCAUUAUGGAAAUCGUUAAAGCC